GAAAUAUUAGUAACUUAUCUAUGCACGGUUUAUAUUUAUGAAAACUCAAAAAAUUUUUACUAAAAAGCCCAAAAAAUGGGAAGUUGAAAAUAAAGAAAUUAUAUUACUAAAUAAUAAACUAAAUUCAGACUUGCCAUUUUUACUAAAUUCUUUUAAUGAUUAUCCAAUUUCUAAAAAGACUUUCCAUGCUUUGAAGCAAAACAAUUAUGUAGUUCCUACAGAUAUUCAAAAAGAGUCAAUACUUUUAGCACUAAAAGGGCAUGAUAUAUUGGGAGCAGCUAAAACAGGAUCUGGAAAGACCUUAGCAUUUUUGAUUCCAGUUUUAGAGAAUUUAUAUCGUGCUAACUGGACAUCAAUGGAUGGAUUAGGUGCUUUAAUAAUUUCACCCACUCGAGAAUUAGCUUAUCAAACUUUUGAGAUACUAAAAAGGAUUGGUUGUAAGCAUGAAUUUUCAGCUGGCAUAGUUAUUGGUGGAAAGGAUUUGAAUUUUGAAAAGCAAAAAAUAUUUCAAACAAAUAUAUUGGUUUGCACCCCGGGGAGAUUGUUGCAGCAUCUAGAACAAACAUCUUUUUUUGUCUGCGAUAAUUUAAAAAUUUUAGUUCUGGAUGAAGCAGACAGAAUAUUAGAUUUAGGAUUUCAAGAAACUAUCAAUGCCAUUAUUGAAUCUAUUCCACAGGAAAGACAAACACUUUUAUUUUCAGCAACCCAAACAAAGAAUGUUAAAGACUUAGCUAGAUUAAGUUUAAAAGAUCCUAUCUAUGUAUCAGCUCACGAAAAUUCUUCUGAAAGCACUCCCCCUCAAUUGUUUCAAACUUACUUAGUUUGCGAGCUGCACGAAAAAAUUUCCCUCCUCUACUCCUUCAUCAAAACACAUUUGAAACAAAAAAUAUUGGUAUUUUUAACCAGUUGUAAACAGGUCAAAUAUAUCUACACCCUUUUCUGUCGAUUAAAACCUGGUAUAAGCGUUUUGGCGUUGUACGGAACGAUGAAUCAAAUGAAAAGGGUCAGUUCUUACGAGCAAUUCAGUAAUAAGGCAUCGGCCCUACUUAUAGCUACGGAUAUCGCGGCUAGAGGAUUAGAUUUUCCCGAGGUUCAUUGGGUCGUGCAAAUGGAUUGUCCCGAAGAUGCGAAUACAUAUAUUCAUAGAGUUGGAAGGACGGCUAGAUAUUAUAAGGAUGGCAAAUCACUUAUUUUUUUAAUGCCCAACGAAGAAAAAAUGUUUUUGAGCCAUCUGAGCGAUAAAAAGAUUCCUAUCAAAAAAACCAAUAUUAACCCAGAAAGAGUCUUGUCUAUCCAGGGUAAAGCGGAAUCCGCAUGCGCCAAAGACAUUAACCUCAAAAUGCAAGCUCAAAAAUGUUUCUUGUCAUAUAUCAGAGCGAUGUUUCUGAUGAAGGAUAAAAAAUUGUUUGAUAUCAGCAAACUCGACACAGAUAAAUAUGCGCAUUCGCUAGGUAUGGCAAUUCCUCCAAGAAUUCGAUUUUUACAAAAAAACAAGAAAAAUAAUCCCAACCCUGCGAAAUCCUCAUUAUUCAUAGGCGAAGCUCCAUUUAUCGAUGACGUUGCGAAUAAUCAUCGUAGGGGACAGAAAUACGGUCCAAGCAAUAACGCAGUCCAAGUGGACCAUCUCGUCUAUAAUAACGAAAAUAUUUCGAUCAUCACGAAUAAGUUAGCUAAAGGUUUAUCUGCCGAACAGGAAGAAGAAGAAGAAGACGAAGGACAAUUUUUUACUCUUAAAAAAGAAACCGAUACGGGUACUUGGGCGAAUUUAGGUAAAAAAAAUCUCGAAAAAGAAAAAUCUUUUCCUACCAAAAAGAUGAUCAAUAAACCCCGCUUAAGUCGUUUCGCGGAAGCUAAAAAAUUGGCUCGUUUAGCCCUCAAAAAAAAUUUGAUAGUCAAUAAACGAAUAACAUAUGACGAUGACGGCAACGAAAUAGUUAACAGUACUGUUUUUAAAAUUCAAGAAUCUUUGGGAAAUGGAUCGAUCGAAAAUACUGGACUGGACAUUGAAAAAGCCAAGAUUCGUUUACGAGAACAAGAUAAAAUCGAUAAGCAAGCUUAUAGAGAAAAGAUAAAGGCUCAACACAAGGAUAAGAAACGCAAAGAAAAGGAAGCCAAAAAGUUGAGAUCGCAACCUACUAAUCACACGCAAGACGACGAAUCAGAAGCCGAUUAUGAAGAAGUAUUGGAGGAUGAUCCUCAAUUAGCGGAAAUUGUUCAUGCAUUGCCCGACCCCGAUAUAAUAUACGGCAACAAACAAAGUAAUGCACGGGUUGAAGAUACUCGUGAUCUUCACCGUGAUGGUCGACGAAAUAAAAAGCGUAAAAGGUUAAUAGUCAAAAAUAAAGCGAAUUCAAAAAAUAUUUCCUCGACAAAAUUUUCUAAAUUUGAAGACACAUUAAAGGAGGUCGAAGGUUUUGCUUGCAAAUUAAUGGAACAUUUAUAAAUAAUAAUAUAUAAAUAUAACAAAUUUAUUGUGUCAAUUAUUAAUGAAUAAUUUACGAAUUAAAGAAAUUAUAUAUUGA